ACUGACAGGGAUGUCAAAUCUGCUGACAGCUGACUGUGACUGAUCAAAAGCAUGGAAGUUGAAUUAUAAUAGCCAGUAAAAGAAAUCAUUUUAGAAAUAGAUAUUAAUUUGUAAAUUCAAUUUUAGCAUAGUUUAAACUAGUGUUUAGUCUUUCUGAAUAUUGGACGUGGUACCGCAUGUAUUACAAGCGUGUGAUAGAUAGGCCACAAGUAGACUGAAAAGUUCAUGACACAUAACAAGCUUGUUGAGUCAGUAAUGGAGCUGCACACUAAGCAGCGACAGUUCAGUGGACAGCUGUAUAGUAUACAAAUGUCAUGAAAGGCUGGCAGUAUAGAUACUUUUUGGUGGAUGCAAAUGCAGGCUUGCUGCAUUAUUAUCUUUGUGAGGGAGAAAAGCCUGAUGGAAGUGUACCAAGAGGUUCAGUGCAUUUAGCAGGUGCUGUCAUAUGCCCAAGUGAAGAGGAUAGUAAAACAUUUACAGUAAAUUGUGCUUCUGGUGACAUGUUGAAGCUAAGAGCUACAGAUGCUAGAGCUAGACAAGAAUGGGUCAAUGGAUUGAGGGCAGUUGCAGAAUCUCAUACUAAGGCAAUGUCAUCAGCAGGUCCAGGGUCUCUUCCAGCUCGUGAACACUUGGCUGUUUUAGACGCACUCAGUUGCCUGAGAGCCCAACUGCAUCAGACAGAACAAGCAGAUUCGGCAUUAUGUAGAGCGAUUGAAACAGCAGGUUCCAAAUAUCAUAUUGACAGGGAGUUGUUGCUUCUCAAAGCUACCUCAGCAGCAGCGUUGCAUUGCUUAACACAAUGCGCAGGUGUACUACAACGGGGUCAGCAUGCUACAGCACACCAUGCCAAAACUGGUUUGGUCAUUGAUGAUGAUUAAGAUGAACAUUCAGUAUGAGGCUACUAUUUUUUUCUUUGAUACAGAGCGACAGAGUUGGUAUUGUGAAUGUCGAACUCAGUUAUAUGAGUUUUAAGAUAAAGAAUUUAUUAUAGACUUGGAAUUACUAUAGUCUUCAAGACGCUACUUUCUGUAAGUAGUUAGAUGAUCGAUACGUCCAUCGCAGUAUUUGUGAAAUUAAUAGGACUUAUUUAUAGAUAUCCAUUAUGCUCAUACUAUAAUGAAUUCAGCGCUUGGAUGCAAAGAGGUUUUAUCGAGCCAUUUUUAUUAGUUUAAAUAUCAAGAAAAAUUGUGUGUGUAUAUGUGAGCCAACAAAAAUACUUUACUCGAGACAUAGAUUUAUUGACAAUGUUCAUUCAUAUUUCUCUGCAUUGUUCACUGAUAUUACGCGGCUGUCGCGUGCUAUGUAUAACAAUUUCUCUGGCCAAUGCAUUUUUACUUUUGGUGUUACAUUUUAUUCGUAAAGUCUGCAAGAGAUUGAUACACUUUUGAGACUAGUCUUGCGCUUGUAUGCAAUGCAGCCAUAAGUUUCAAAUUAAUUUACAAUUUGAUUUUUAAAAAGGCUGCUGUGAGAACCGAAGCAACACUAAAAUCCCAAUUUAUUUAUCUCUUGCUUAAUUUAUUGGCCACAUUCAAUGAUAUUGGCUUAUAAACUUUUCUGUGAUAGGCUAAUAUUAGCUAACUUUUUCAAGCAUAAUGUAAGGGAAAAUAAAAAUACUAGUCUAAUCAUAUUAGCAAAUUUCCCCGAAAUAAUUAAAGUCUGGCUUUAUUCGUGCAAGUUCUUCAAGCGGGUUUUUAGAACAUGGACACAUAAAAUGGGUACACGAAUUUUUGUGGGAAAACUUUUUAUUCGACAACAAAGGAUGAGAAAACGUGCUUUUUGGGAUUCAAUCGAAAGUGUUGACAGGAACGAAAAAACUUUUCAAAUAAGAUUUUUAGUUAUUUAUGAGACCUACAAAAUGAGACUACACGUAAAAAGAUCCGACUAAUAGCAAAACUGUUAUGACCGAAAAGCGAAGCAAAAUGCAGGUUUUGGCAUUUGUUGGUAAUGCGACGAUAAUCUCACGCAUCUUUUUGACAUUCCUCAAAUCCGUAGUAUUCAUACCUCUAAACAACAACAAAAUUGGAGUAUAUUGGUCAAGUAGUUUUUGAGAAUUUCUAAUUGUUUAUCCCAAAACACCUGUUUUCCGGACAUCACUACUAGUAUAUUGAGCAAUGUACAGAGUUCGUUCAAAGAGCAUUUAAUAGGAAAAUUCACGUGUUUACCUUGCCGAUAUGAAUCACAAACCAUUCCGAAAGAUAAAUGUUAUUUUUAUACGAAAAACAAAGCUCACGUUUUUUCUUCUAAACAAAUUCAAACAUUUUGUAUUUGUGAGUAAUUGAACAAAUGCGCAUGCACAUUUUAAAACAAAGCGGAUGUGACUAUCAUCUUUUGUUGAGAAUUACUCACAAAAUCCGAAGAAAAAACAUAACC